CCGUUUUAUGUGAAAACGUGUAUUUUUAGACUUGCAGCUCAUCUGAAUACAGAAAAAGACGAGAAUAUGAACAAUACUAUUGAUAGAAUAAGUAAUGGUUUUUUGGUGCGGAGGUGAGGGGAGUUGUGUUGUUUUUCUUUGCCAGUCUCCUCCUCACAGCCAAUAGUAAGUUCGGAUCGACUCCCCUCUUCUUUUUUCCCCCUGCUCCUUCGCUCCCUCCUCGUGCUGUCCUCCCCGUGCACGCGCGUGGUACCCACGGUCGUGAGGAGGAGGAGGAUGUUGCGCGUGAAGGGGAAAUGGCUGCCGAAAACAAGCCGGAAGGACUGAAGAAAGUUCGUAAUCCGGAUCGAAUGUACAGAUCAGCAGUGUGUUAUGCUGGCCACGGUCCACCUAAGAGUAUCAGUGAUGACACAGAGACGAACAAUGAACAUGGACAUUUGAAAAUAUACCUGCCCAAGAAGCUGCUUGAAUGUCUACCAAAAUGCACGUCGCUGCCAAAGGAGAGACACCGGUGGAACACUAAUGAGGAAAUUGCAGCUUACUUGAUAACAUUUGAAAAGCAUGAAGAAUGGCUAACGACAUCCCCUAAAACAAGGCCUCAGAAUGGGUCGAUGAUACUCUACAAUAGGAAGAAGGUGAAGUACAGAAAAGAUGGCUACUGCUGGAAGAAAAGAAAAGACGGGAAGACCACGCGGGAGGAUCACAUGAAGUUGAAAGUGCAAGGAGUUGAGUGUCUGUAUGGCUGUUACGUCCACUCCUCCAUCAUCCCCACCUUCCACCGUAGGUGCUACUGGCUGCUCCAGAACCCUGAUAUCGUCCUUGUUCACUAUUUGAAUGUUCCAGCCAUUGAGGAUUGUGGGAAACCAUGCGGGCCGAUACUGUGCUCCAUCAAUACCGACAAGAAAGAAUGGGCCAAGUGGACCAAGGAGGAGCUGAUUGGCCAGCUCAAGCCAAUGUUUCAUGGCAUCAAGUGGACUUGCAGCAAUGGGAACAGCAGCUCUGGCUUCUCAGUGGAGCAGCUAGUGCAACAGAUUCUGGACAGCCACCAGACUAAGCCACCUCCCCGGACUCACAACUGCCUCUGCACUGGUACCCUGGGUGCUGGGAGCAGUGUACACCACAAAUGUAACAGCGCCAAACACCGCAUCAUCUCUCCAAAAGUUGACGCCCGUUCUGGAGGCUACAGCAAUGCACACUCUGAGGUCCAAAACAAUGACGUGUCAGAGGGGAAGACCGAGCACAAUGCCCAUGGUGGAAGCAAAAGCUCUGGGAGUGGAGGUGGAGGGGGCAGCGCCAGGGAGAAACGCAAUGGCAAAGUCCAUAAGCCUAUCCUGCUGCAUCAGAACAGCACAGAGGUGUCAUCCACCAACCAGGUGGAGGUCCCGGACACCACGCAGAACUCCCCUGUCUCCAUCAGCAGUGGCCUCAACAGUGAUCCAGAUAUGGCAGACAGCCCUGUGGUGACAGGAAUGAGUCAUGUGGCCUCAGUCAUGUCCAGCCUGUCCCAAAGUGUGUUUAUGUCUGAGGUCCCUGGAGACCCUGUCUACAGCAUGUCACCUACUGGGGGUCCCAAUCCUCACCUGAUGGGUCCUGAUGCCACUUCACAGGGCUUGGUGCUGUCUGUGAAUGCUGAUCGUCACAAAUUUGCCUUCCCUGGUGGAGGAGGAGUAGGGGAACCCGGAACAACCACAGCAGGAAAUAAUCUGUCCAUGUUGUCCACAGCUGGGGUAUCGGAGGAACUGGUGCUAAGCAGCAGUCUGGACUCUGGAAGCAUAAAGAUCCCAGAGACUACCAUGAACUUUGACCCGGACUGCUUUCUAAACAAUCCCAAACAGGGCCAGACAUAUGGAGGCAGUGCACUGAAGACAGAGGGCAACUCCUCCUCAGCCUCUUCUGGGGGAAGCAGUAAUACCAAUGGAAAUCUGCAGCGCUCUCCCACCAUGUCGGACAAUGGGUACACUUUCAGCUCAGCUCUCGUGAAGAACAUCAAGACAGAAGAUACUUCCUUUGAGCAGCAUCUGGCCAAAGAGAGUGGCUACCAGGUGGGUGGAGUGGUAAACUGUGGAAGUGGAGUCUCUGUGUCAUCUGGUGGGACCUCAGGCCAAGGCAACCUUGGUUUAACUUCAGCAGGUUCCUUGCUUCCCUCUGGCGGGGCUCUUAGUCCCAGCACUACCUUGGAGCAGAUGGAUUUCAGUGCCAUUGAUGCCAAGCAAGACUAUACAUCUGGUGCUACCACGGUGACCUACGGUCAGGCCCUGCCCAGUCCUCACAUGCAACACCAAAAUCGUUCACCCAGCUUCUUCCUCCAGGAUGCUUCUCAACCCAACCAGAAUCAACAAGGGAGGCCCGGCAUGGGACAGAAAACACACAUGAUGGAGCACAACUCCCACGACUCUGGAGUUUAUAUGGGGCUGCAGGUGGUGAAAUCCGACUCUACCGGCACCAAUGGACAUCUUCAUCACCACCAUCAGGCUCAUCAGGCCCAGCACAGAACCAACUGUAAUGGAGGCUCACCCACAGAAGGGCCUGGUCAGGCUGGCUCCCUGCAGUUGUUGCAGUACCAGGGCAGCUUUCCAGGACUGGGCUCUGAGCAUGAGGAGGUGGUUGGUUUGGAGCAGCCUGGCAGUGUGGGUUCAGGUCAAGCUGGAGCCUCAGAGAGUGGAGCUGACAAUCUGCUCAAGCCAGCAGAUCAUAUUCAAACCUGUGGAGCUGGAAAUGGAGAGGGAGGAGGAGCAGAGCACUACCUGCAACAAGCUUCAGACAGUGGAGGGGUGGGGACAGGAAAUACAGGUGAAGGAAUAGCUAUUCAUAAUGGAAACAACAACAGCGAUGGCAGCAACCGCACCCAGCAGCAACAACAGCUACAGCCUCUACUCCAAGGCACAAACAUGGUACAAGGCCUGUAUAACGCAGUAGGAACCCACCAAAGCUUAAGUGGAGCAGCCAGUAAUGGAGGAGCAGGAGGAACAGGCAUGGAGAUCAGUCUGGACCAUUUUGACAUAUCAUUUGGAAACCAGUUUUCUGACCUGAUUAAUGACUUCAUCUCAGUGGACGGUGGUGGAACUGCCAUGUCAACUGCAGGGGCCCUAUAUGCUCACCAGCUGGUCACGUCUCACAGCUCAGAAAAUCAGAGCACAGCAGGUGGACCCGCCCAGCAGGGCCAAGAGGAUGGAGGCGCUAGAGGAUCUGGCUAUAGCCCCUCAGAUCUCUGCCUCCAACCCUGCUGCAGUCCCCAGUCUUUGGGGGGAAGGGCUGGGGCAGAAGGGAACACGGGGGAAGCAGGCUCGCUGUCCUACAUGAACGUCGCAGAGGUGGUUUCUGCAGCUGUUGCCCAGGGGGCUCUGGGGAUGCUGCAGGCCACGGGGCGCCUCUUCAUGGUCACUGACUACUCCCCUGAGUGGUCCUAUCCUGAGGGUGGAGUGAAGGUGCUGAUCACUGGUCCCUGGCAAGAAGCCAACUCAAACUACAGCUGCUUGUUUGACCAGAUCUCAGUCCCAGCAUCUCUCAUUCAGCCAGGGGUGCUGCGUUGCUACUGCCCAGCUCAUGACACCGGCCUGGUGACACUGCAGGUGGCUAUCAGUAACCAGAUCAUAUCCAACUCGGUGGUGUUUGAGUACAAGGCUCGUGCUCUUCCAUCACUGCCGUCAUCUCAGCACGACUGGCUUUCUCUGGAUGACAACCAGUUUAGAAUGUCUAUCCUGGAGCGCUUGGAGCAGAUGGAGAGGAGGAUGGCAGAGAUGGCCAGCCACCAGCAGUCGAGCAGUGCAGGGAGUGGUGGAGCUGGGGGAGGAACAGGAGGAGGAGGCAGUGGGGGAGGAGGUGGUGGGGGAGGAAACAACAGUCAGUCACAGUGUAUAUCUGGCCAAAUUCAGGCCAGCAGUUCCUUUGAGAGCCGUGUUGUGGUGGUCUGUGAGAAGAUGAUGAGCAGAGCUUGCUGGGCCAAGUCCAAACAUUUAAUCCACUCCAAGACCUUUAGAGGCAUGACACUCCUUCACCUCGCUGCUGGCCAGGGCUACGCUACCCUCAUUCAGACACUCAUCAAGUGGCGCACAAAGCAUGCUGAUAGUAUUGAUUUAGAGCUGGAAGUGGACCCCCUUAAUGUGGAUCACUUUUCCUGCACACCCUUGAUGUGGGCAUGUGCUCUGGGUCACCUGGAGGCAGCAGUGGUGUUGUAUAAAUGGGACAGGCGUGCCCUAGCUAUCCCGGACUCCCUGGGUCGCUUACCCUUGUCAAUUGCUCGCUCUCGUGGACAUACUAAAUUGGCUGAAUGUCUGGAGCAGCUACAGAGGGAAGAGCAACAACCCCCGGGCCCUCUGCCCCCCACUACACGUAUGUCUUUUUCUCCAGCCCCUGAUUCAGCCACCACAGACAGCUGGAUGGCCAGCUGGGCGAGUGACAGUAUCGUUGCCCCAAGUGGCAAGAAAGGAGCUCCAACCACCACAACAACCAUGUCCAGUACCACCAGCCUAAACCCAGACUUGAGAAGGCCCAGGUCAGAGCCUUCAAACUACUACAGCAGUGAGGGCCAAAGAGACCUCCCACUAGCCAAAAAACACAAACCCAACCCAGAGUUGUUUCACACCCAGCCCGACAAGGCUGCGUCUGUUCCUCUGAGUCUGGAGCAACAACAACUCACCAAGCUGUCCCCUUCCACAAAGAGCAUGUCCACAGAAGGCCUGAGUGCAGACAAAGGUCAUCCCACAGGAGGCAGCAUUGGAACAUCUAGGUGGCCUUCCAGAGAGAGCUUUUCCUGUAACAACUUGGGCAGGAAGGUGCUGGGGAUCAGUGGAGGCAGUAGCUUGGGAAGGGAGAAACUGGCCAAUCGUCUGCGGCAGCGGGAUCAGCUGGGCAUGCUGGUGAUGACGGACAGAGAAAUGGCUGAUUCUGAACUUCUUUCGUAUCGAGAGGAUCUAGAAAACCAGGCCUGUCUCACACAGAUGGAUGACCUGCAGGCAAAUAUGAUGACCCUGGCAGAGCACAUCAUUGAAGCAACGCCAGAGAGAAUCAAAAGAGAGAACUUUCCCACAACAGAAUCCGUGCCCUUAGAUCCAUCAGGGGUCAGUAACACCAUGAGCUGGCUGGCAAACUACCUGGGAAAUGUGGAGCAGUUGCCAAGCAUUGUUCACCUACGGCCUCUGUAUAAUGAGCCUCUGACUCCGUCCUCCAAUCCAAGCUUGAGUCCCGGGGGUUCCCCAUUGGGAGAAGGGACUCUGGACAGAUCGGCGGUCCCUUCUCCAGCAGACUGGAGUGAAUUCAUCAAUGCCUCCAACAGCAAGGUGGAACGAGACCUGGCCCAGUUGACUUUGUCUGACCCAGAGCAGAGAGAGCUGUAUGAGGCUGCCCGGCUAGUUCAAACUGCUUUCCGCAAGUACAAGGGGCGGCCCCUCAGAGAGCAACAGGAAGUAGCAGCCGCUGUAAUACAACGGUGUUACAAGAAAUAUAAACAGCUAACAUGGAUAGCCUUGAAGUAUGCACUUUAUAAGAAGAUGACGCAGGCCGCCAUCCUUAUCCAGAGUAAAUUCCGCAGCUACCACGAGCAGAAGAAGUUCCAGCAGAGCAAGAGGGCUGCUGUACUCAUUCAGCAAUACUACCGCAGCUAUAAAGAGUUUGGCCGGCUGAGGCCGCGCCACCACGGGGCCGCUGCCACCCUGGUGCAGCACAAACUGAGAGGUAGUCUGCUCACAAAGAGGCAGGAUCAGGCUGCCAGGAAGAUCAUGAGAUUCCUGCGACGUUGCCGCCAUAGCCCCUUGAUGGACCAUAGACUGUUCAAGCGGGGUGAAAGAAUUGAAAAGGGCCAGGGAACAUGAGACCCCUCAGAAGAGCCCCCUUGCGAUGUGACAUCACUCUCCUAACUACUCUGUCCUCUUUUUGUUUCAACCCAAGACAUUUUACAAGAGAACAGAAAAAAACAUCAAUGCAAACACUAAUUAUUACUUCUAUAGCAGUGUUACUGGUUCGGCUAAUAUUACAUCUUCAUGUUUUUUUUUCUACUUUUGUUUUUUUCCAUGUUUGUCUUCCUUCCACUGACUUGAUUUUGCUGGGAGAGUGGCAACGUCUUCUACUGGAUAACAAACUGAAACGAUAGGGGAGGGGGACAUUUGCUUGCUGGCAUUUUUUGCACUUUUUUCAUGGAUUGCUUUGCUCUUUUUUGAUAUAAAAAAACGGUCUGGACUUUGCAGAAAAGCGACACACAACAGGGUGGUCUGUCAGAUGGAAGGACCUCAAAGGACUGCAGCAGAAGAUCUCAGAGGACACACAUACCAUGCAGAAACAUUCUGGGCUCUAACUGUGUUUUCAUGAGUACUUUUUUUUAAAGUGACAAACCAUUUCAUUAAAAAACAAAACAAAAAAAAGACUUUUUUGAGCCAAUUUAUCAAUAACUCCCACGCCGACUGCUGUCAACUGCUCCAGACUGUACGGUAUUCGGUUUAGCCCCUUUAGCUUCGCCUGUCCUCCUGUGCGCCCCACCAGUCUGCCCACACGAGUGGAGCUACAAUUGAAUGUAGUGGGGUUGAAACACGCAGAGGCAAACUUUGGAUGAAAUAUUUAUGUUUAACAUUUCUUGAGAGAAUAAGAAUAUGCUUUAUUGUAUAUAAAUAUUGUCACUUUACUUGAAUUUGUUUCAUAUUGUUCAAUGUAUUUCUCCCAUCAUGUCCGAUGUAUUGGUGAUCUGUAUCUUCAGGCUAUAUGUUGUUAAAUUCUACAAAGAAAAAAAAAUGCAUGACUUGUUGUCAAGAAAAGUCUUUGCUUGUGUACUUAUGGUCUAGUCUCUCAGCCUAUCCUUUUUCAUAUCUUACUUUAGUGGCUCAUGUUUCCAUGGUCUCCUGCGUAAGAGCCUGUUUCAUUUUUCUAAGGAAGCUUUUCUGUGUUGGCUUUAUUUAACUUGUUCUUAGCCAAUGCCCCCCUCCACCCUACUCAAACACGACAUAAGAACUUGCCAAUUUUGUGUUCGGGUCAUCCAGGUUUUUUUAUUUUGCUGUUUUUCUUUCUUCUUUUCCAUGAACUUCAGAGCCUUGUGCUGGCUUUUGAGGGGAAGAUCACAUACAUUGCCUUGACGUCUUAGAGAUUCUUUGAGGGGUCCCUAAGCUUGUCCCAAAAUAGGGGUUUGACAAAUCCAUAUUUUUGACAAUUGAGUGAUUUCUGUAUAUAGCAAAGGCUGAAAGUACGUAGGUAAAAACAUGCUCCUUACAGGGACUGUAUUUUAGAAAUAUUUUAUUUUAUUCAUUAAAAAUGGGUCAAAAACAGGUAUGAGACAAAAACAGAAUAUUUGUAUAGUUUUGUUUGAAUGCCGAAGAAGUAUGGUUGUAUUGUUUGUAUAUAGUGUAAAUAUCUGGGAUCAAAAUGAGCUAUGUGCAUGAAAAGUAUGAACAGAGUAAAAAUUCGAGGGAGGGGGGAGAAAAAAAACAACAAAAGCAGUAGUGGCUAUGCUCUGUAAAAUGAAAAACUAUUUCACUAUUGAAGUAUUUAACUUUAUUUUGUUUGUCUGUCAGACAACAUUUUGCUAAAGCAUGAUAUUAUUGCAAUAUUUGAAGAAGAAAAAAUUAAAAUACUGUAUUUAGCAUUAGGAAGGGUCUUCAAAAUUAUCUUAAUAAAAAAUUAUCCUAUUUUUUUUUUCUUUUCUUUUUUUUUUGGGCUCCCAAGAAACUUUUGCCAAUGGUGCCAAGGUAUGAGUAUGCUAUAUACCUGGGGAAGAUAGUGUAGUAGAUUUUUUGCAGAACAGAUAAUCAUACAGUACAACACACAGUAGUUCAGAUGACUAUAAUGGCUAACAAUAGCAGAAACAACAGAGGUUACAGAGUUCCCUGAAUCAAACAAAAUUGCAUUUAUCUUUGUCUCCUGCAUCUCUGCAGAUCUGUGGAACAUUUAUUCAUUACUGAAUUUAGCAUAUCAAAGUUUUUCACUUUUUGUUGUCAAUGAAAACAGAAUGUGAUCUCAAGUUGUCUGAGCUUAAAGAUUGUAAAUGGCAGCCUUGCCCAAUGGAUAACUAUGAAGCCCUCCCCAUCAAUAUGGUCUAAAACAAUGUUGUUUAUUGCUUUUAACGAACAUUCUCUUGCAUCCGGUUCUGAUAUAUGGUUUAACAGAAAUGCCCUCCGUUGCAAACUGGUUGCAGUGUUUCCUAAAUACUUAGUGCUUCUUGAGAAAUGUCCUUGAUCAAGGCUGCCAGUGUCUCAAAAGACGUAUUCUAUGUGGAGCAAAAUAAUUCACCCUGGAAAGUGUGUGAAAAACUGUUUUUGACUGUGUUGCUUUUCUUUAUUAUUAUUUUACUUUUUUUGUUAUGCAAUUUAGCGCACAUUUGCUAACAUGAACCAUUCUCACUGUCAAAGGUGCUAAGAUGAUUUUAGCCAGGAAGCCAGGACUGCACAUGAGAUAAAAGGACUGUAGUAAAUAUCCUAGAAAACCAUCUAUGAAGCAUGAGAUGUUACUUUACAUCAGACCUAAAAGAAAAACUGUUGCCAAUUUCUACAAUAUUUAACUCCCGUACAGUGUUUUUUUCCCUGUCAGACAUUUAUAAGGAUAAAUUGGUAUUUCUAGGGUUCAUUGACCAUGUUUUUUUUUUACUCACAUAAUAACUGGGACCUCUUUGGUUUAUGUAGAAAGUGCCUAUUCAUAUUCUCUUAGCAGCAGUCCAGUUUUGUGAGUGUGUUUAAUGCACCUGAAGAGAAUGCUUAUGAUCACGCACACAUCUAGUGCCGGAUCAUUAUCAACCAACAUGAUUGCCAGUUUUGCUCUAACACUCACCAAAGGUACAUUUUACAAGCAGCAGUAUAAACAUAGUUCUCCAGCUUUCAUCCUCAUUUCCUCCCUCAUGCCUUUGUAUCCACUUUCCAACAGAACAGCUUUUUUUUAUUUUGAAAUGCCACUACUGGGGUUUGUUGCAUCCAUCUACCCUUUAGUCUGUGGUUAGAAUGCAUAGCCAAAUGCAAUGUUGUGGCAAAAAAGGCAAAGGAUUUAUUAUGCUUGCAUGGGUUAAAAUAGUUAACUGGGUGACCAAGCUGCACCUAUAGCAUGCUUACUUUCCUUGAAUCGGUAGUCGGAUAGUCAAAAGACAUAGCUGUCUGUAAAGCGAUGAACAUUGGUUUGAUGUGUCACAGAACUCAGAAAGACAGAGGGCAUGUGACCAGAGGAAAAACCUGGAGUGAAACCAAUGAUCAACACUCAGCAACGGCCGAGGCUUUCAUGACAAAGCACGAUGACAGGAUAGUUUUUAGAGCGAGCCCUGACGUUUUCAUUUUCUUUGAAGUAUUCAUUGAUAUUGUUACCAGUGUACUCCCCCCCGAUUCUCACAAACGGACAAUGGCGGAGACAUUGGGACUUUGCAAACAAAUUUACCUGUGCACACAACUACACGCACCACACACACACUUAGGUUUGUCAGUUUCACUCGAGAAUUGAGUGGUGACAGCCGCUUUGCUCUUUUUCCAGGCUGAGGGACAGGUUCACCUCCCUUCUGUAUUUUACUCAGGGUGCCAAAAAUGGGGAGGAGGAAACAGAGCGGGACGUGAUUCACAGCAACAAAAAAUUCAUGGAAUAGGUACAUAAUCAGAUUAAAAGAAAAAAGUUAAAACAGCUAAAAGAAAUAGCAUAUUUAUUUCUUCUCAGCAACCUUGAGCAUAGCAGACACAAGUGAAUCCCUGGAAUAGAGUCAAUUUACACAUAUAAAUCUAUACAAAGCUCUUCAGGAGAAAUGAUUUGACAAUUGUUUUCAACAGAAACCUGUCAAGUCAUUGUAUAAUAAUUCUGGCCACUUAUUUGGGCCUUUGAUUUAUCUUGAGUGUCAAAGCAUAGAGGAUAAUUAGGAUUAAGAAUGUAGUUGCAACCUUGAGCAUAGCAGACACAAGUGAAUCCCUGGAAUAGAGUCAAUUUACACAUAUAAAUCUAUACAAAGCUCUUCAGGAGAAAUGAUUUGACAAUUGUUUUCAACAGAAACCUGUCAAGUCAUUGUAUAAUAAUUCUGGCCACUUAUUUGGGCCUUUGAUUUAUCUUGAGUGUCAAAGCAUAGAGGAUAAUUAGGAUUAAGAAUGUAGUUGCACCUGCAAAUCUUGUUUUACUGCCAUUUAUGUGUGGGAUGACGGGCUAGUUGAUAGGCACUCUUCUUAGCAUCAAUCAGUUUCACGAUGUUCUGUGAACUGGCCUGGGUAUCUGCCUUUCCUCCUCUUUUAUUUCCGAAGCACCCAAACCAGAGAAAGGUAGGCGCAUCAGGACAACAGAACUGAGCAGUUUUACAGCGUUAUUCCACUUGUUGACACAGAGCAAUAAAGAACUAUUUUGUGGAGACAUAUAGACCUAGCAGAGUUCAAAAAUGAUUGGACACAUGUAGUCGACUUACUCUUAUGCAAAUGCCAGGAUUGCAAGACAAGCAUUCAGUAGUUUAUGGACAGCAAUUAUAUGGCACCCUUUAUCGAAUUGCACGUUUUCAUUGAAUCCAAACGGAAAAGAAGAGAAAAAAAAAGACCCUGCUUUGAUAGAAAGUACGGGUCCUCACUUUGCAUGUGAACUAGUGUUAGAUCUCUUUUCCUCUCCUCUAUAGCUGUCUUUCUCUCUGUCUUUCCCUGUUAUGUGACCCGACUUUUCUCUGCUCCCAAACCUUAGAAGUUUCAUCUCCUCUUGGUUCUCCUCAUGUGUUUUUCUUUCCUCCUUUUUUUUAAAUUCCAAUCCCUUGUUUGUAAGUUUUAUUUUUGUAAUUGUGCAUGUAAAAGCGUCACUGACUCGAUGGAUAUGUUAAAAAAAA